AGGCAACAACCAACCUUACAGGACCCCAAAUAAACGUUUUUCUUUCGUACAUACAUAUAGAAAUGCGACUUUCAAAUAUCAAAUUGCGUGACGCUCAACUAUGGUGCUAUGUAUGAGUGACCAAAGAAGGUUGCAAAAACCAUGCGCCAGUGGCAGUCAGUCGUGAUAGAUUAUGUCUGGUUAUGACAUCAGCCGCUGCUGAGCAGGCGUCUCAGCAUCCCAGGAACACCCGGACGAGGAGAAGGUCGGAACAACAAUUGCCUUUCGUCCACGAGACCUCAGGUCAAGCCCUUCCACUAUGCCCCCUCCCCCACGACCCGGGGAUGAUGACGACGAUCCGCAGUUGUCAGAGACCAUGGACGGUGCGGCAAACGCAUCAAAUCCCUACGUCCAAUACGAGGAACGUGAUCACCAGCACGACAACCUCUCGGCUCCAGCCCGGAGAUCCAACAGUCAAAGUCCGAUUCCCAGCAUGCGGGGCAGCUGGACGGACCGGGAGUAUGAAAUGCAGAUUUCCGAGCGCGUUCCGGGCGAUCCGGUAGGACUACUGCAGCAGAACCACGACAGGCAAAAUGAUGUACAAGAUGACGACCGUGUCUACUCCGAUGAACGCGAAGAUUUUCCAAGCACGAUCAUACAACCCAAGAACUCGAACAGAACCCUCGCCCACGAGGCGCGCGCAAGUUCGAAGGAGGGCCGGGUGCACACCCCGAACAGCAGGAAGGCGGUGCCACGGCGAGAUGCAGACUGGCUGGUCCGAAGCGACGAGGAGAGGGAGAUGGAGUUUGCGGAAGCAGGACGUGGGCAGCAACCCGUGGGAACGACCGGAUCACAAUCCCAAUCCGCCUACCACCGGGCGAUCCAGAAGUCGCUGGACGACAGAGCUGGAAAUAAGCAAGAACCUGUAGUGCAGCAGCAGCAGCAGCCACAGAACACUCUGAACCUCCAGAUGAACAAUCAAAACAAUGUCCAGAACUUCAUGAUCGACAGCCAUUCGCAGGAGAAGUACUUCAGCAACACGCCGAAAGUCACCCGGUACGACGACGAUGGCUCCGGCUCCGGUUCCGGCUCGCCGUCAGAAGAGGGGUUUCCCUACGCCCAGGAGAGAACGAUCGAGUUUUCCGGCAGCUUUGACAACGGCAGCAGAACCAGUCCGUUCAUUGACGAGGAUCUGAACGGGUGGCAUCGGAGUAAUAAUGUUGCGGGGCCGGGGGGACGAGCGAGUUCUUCCAGAAACAGAAAUCCCGACCACGAUGCAGAUUACGAUUACGACAUGGGGUACAACAACACAAAUGGCCGGCAAAAUAACGUGAACAAUUUCCGAACCGGGAACUACCAGUACGGUGGGGCGCAGUCGUCGACGGCAGGGACAGCGAGGAGGAAUGAACAGAACUAUUACCAGAGGAACGCUAACAACAGGCAGCAACAGCACCAAAGAAACCAGUUUGAUGAUAUCAUGUCUUCCUCCCAGCAGUUCAUAAGCCAAAUGACGAGCAGUGGGAGGGAUUUCCUGCAAAGCAAUUUUUUCAAUACGACGGGCAGCAAUCUUCAAAUGAACAACCCCGGAGGCGGAGUUCAUCUUGGUCGGAAUUCCAACUACAGCACAGCUACAGGAGCUGCAGGCCCGUCGCCAGGGACGAUGGGUCAUCAACAUCAUUUCCAACCUCCGAACCGAAACAUGACGAACAACCUCGGGUCGCCGUUACUGGGCAGUAGAACUGGGAGCUUUGGAUCCCCUAUGAAUAACAAUUUCGGCACGAAUUUCCCCACCAUGAACAUCGACGAGGAAUACAACGCCGUGACAAAUGUCGACGACUUCCUGACCCACCUAUCAAAUGCAAAUAUGUCUGGGUCUGGAAAAUUGUGAUGCUAAAAUGUGGAUGAUGGAAACAGUUCCGAAUGCACCCUAGCAUGACAACUUGCCAGAACGCUUUCUCAUAGGCAAUCCGCAUGAGAGCCUGCGUGUUUGCAUGUACAAAAGAGGCUGCGACUUUUGUUGCUUUAUGCAAUACAGAUUUCCUAGGUCUAGGUGUGGAAAGCUAGGAUUACAAGUUCAAACCUUCCAGACCCAGACAUUUUUGUAUUCGAUACCACCUCUACCGCUACUACGAAGCCAAGGGGCUUCAUGGGCGAGUGGCAGACCACCUCGGCCAUUUGGUCGCGUUGGCGUUCACCAUCGGGUUCAGUUUUCUCCUCGUGUUUUACGUCAACUGGCCGGCGAUUUUCAGCUGCAAAUCGGAGGCGACCUGCGAGAAGGUGGUAUUCUGUGCAAAAGUAUCGUGCUCGUAUUGCAAUCAUGCAUGACAAAUCUUUUUCUCAAGGUAAAUGUAAAUCCGCAUUACAAAUUUUAUUUCUCAUGCUGAGGAACUUUGUAAUGCAUUUAGACGAGUGCGAUACUUUUGCAGUGCAUAAGUGGUGUUUUUCUACGACAAACCUUUCUCCAGUUUGUCCCUGCUCGGCUACAUCGCGCUGUUUUACUUCAUGCUCGCGGGGGUGUAUUUGGUGUACAACGUGUUUCAGUGUAUUGAGGACUUGCGCUAUCCGCAGUGAAUUUUAAUUUUCCCUACACGACGUACAAAUGUGGCUUCCGCAUGACAAACUUUUCUUUCAACCCUCUUUAGCAUGGCAAGUUGCUUCUUCUAUUGGUUGGUGAAAUCAUUUGUGAUGCAUUUUGUACUUUUAGUACGGGAAAUUUGUAUUGCAUAUGCGCCACGCGUUGGAAGCCUCCGCGUUCUACAAGGACAAACUCUACAUCCCAUCGGACGACGUUCUGGCCUGCAUGUCCUGGGCGGAGGUGGUGGAAAGGAUCAUUCAGGAGCAACUCCGCUGUCCCUUCGUGAUCCGAGAGGAAAGGCUGACCGCGCUGCAGAUAACCAACAUCAUCAUGCGGGAGGAGAAUCUGCUGAUCGGGUUGGUGAACAAUGAACACUUAGAGAACCACCUACCCUACUGGCUGCCGAAACGAAUUUUCUACAGCAAAUCCGUGCUGUUCGCCUUCCGGAACAUCAUCUACAAGAGCUUUUUCGACCACAAAUCGAAAGUGGAUUUCGGUUCCUUGAAGCCCGAGAUCCUGUGCAACCACUUUCGCCUCGUCGGACUCUUCGCAUUGAUCGGGUUAGGCCCGAUCUGUGUCUUCGUUAUCGUAAGGAAAGAUCCUCCCUCCCCAUAUCGAAAGUAAAUUUGUGAUGCUGAUUUGUGACCACAAAUCGACUUGUAUUGCUAGAAGGGCAACAAGAGACGCAGCUGCUCCCUCGUUUGCAGGCAAUUUGUCACGCUGUGUCCCGUUUCCAGUUGCUUCCUGUCAUGCUGAAGACGCAAGGCUUUCUCACGCCAGCCAGAGCUACACUCUGGCUAUGGGGAGGGGUCGUGAUUUUUCCGCUUGAUAUUCGUGUUUCUGUACUUCUUCAUGCGGCACUGCGAGGACUUCCGGUCACAUAGGAAUUCCCCUAUCAAAAGGAAAAAUGCCUCUCCCCAUAUCGGAAACGAAAUUUGUGAUGCUGUAUUUGAGUACACAAGUCGACUUGUGUUGCUAGAAGGCCAAGAGACGCAGCUGCGGCUUGAAUUGCAGGCAAUUUGUCAUGCUGUUCCCCAGUUCCAGCUGCCUCCUGUUAUGCUGGAGAUGCAAAGGUUUAUUCCCACGCUAGCCAGCACUACAGUCGCAGUCCGCAUCUUUUGCCUUCUAGCGUUACAAAGCUGAUUUGUGGCCACAAAUCUGCAUCACAGAUUUCCGUUUUGAUAUGGGGAAGGGGCGUUUUUCAUUGUAAUAUCCCCGUUGGAACGCCAGUGGACGGGGUACGCGGAGUGGUUUUUGCGGGAGUACAACGAAUUGCCGCAUGCCUUUAAGCAGCGACUGGAGAAGUCGAAGUUUUUCGCGAACGACAUUGUGGACAAACAGGAAAUCGUGUCGAACACGCCUUUGACCGACGGGAUCAGGAAGUGCGUAAAAUACGUCUCGGGCUCUUUGCUCGCGAUUCUAGUCGUCAUCGCCUGCUUCGACGACGCGCCUUUGCUGUUUUUGAAAAUUUGGGACAAAAACCUCCUGUGGUACCUCGCCGUCCUCGGGUUCAUCGUCACCCUGUCCGACACAAACUCUUCGGGCUCGGGGUCCGGCCCGUUUGGCGGGGGCGGCAAGAAGAAGCGGUUCGCUCUAUCACAUAUUAAAACGCUCCCACCCCAUAGUGAAGUUGGGAACUUAGCAACACAAAUCCAGAAGUCUUAGAAGCCACGCAUGACAGGUUGCAGUCCGCAGUGUAUUGCAUGUUAGCAAGGACACCUGCAUCAGAAAUCCAUUUGCUUGUCCUGUUUGCAGCAUUAGAAAUUCCAAAACACGACUGAGAGUGCCUCCCUACUUGGGGAUGCGUUUAAACAAGUGUUCCUGUAGUCGCAAAUCUGCAUGAGAACUCUGGGGUGGGGACGUUUUUACACAGGAUACGCCUCCGGGUCUCCGUACGAGGGGCACAGUGGCGCGACCUUGUACAUGGAGAAGGUGAUUUUAGACUUCGCGAAGUGCACCCACUACAUCCCGGUCGCGUGGACCAAGGUGUUUGGCGGAAUGAACGACUUCAACCCAAACAGGCGGUUGGUCCAGCUGCACCAGAGACUCUCGCUGCAGGAAAAAUAUCGGGUGGUGGAGGCGUUCGGUACUAACUACUUAUUGGAAAAUGAUUUUUUGCAUUUUUGUAUUAAAGUUGUCCACAGGAAAUACAAAUACAGCAAGGUUGAAAGUAACAAAAAAAUGAACUUUUUGCCCGAUUACCAGUGUUUAGCAAGUUUAUUCUGGCAACCCGGGUUGGUUGUUAUGCUGUGUGAAUAAUCGCGCGGUAGCAUAAUUGGGAAUGCGCCUGGUCGAACCUGUGCUGCACUUGCAGCUUCGCAGCGUUGCUAGCAGCAGCGAACAUUUCCUGUGCUCAGCACGUGGAAAACAGGUUGCCGCGUGUGGUCGUUACUUGGUCAAAGGUUCAUAGGAAGCGACUGGAACAGCCUUCCUAUGCUGUUCCGGAAGUGGGGCUAGAGGCUCUGUGCACCGACGCCGACGACUAGGAGACCCGGGUUCGAGUCCCGGAACGCGCAUCUUUUUUUGGGAGACAGAGUACUUGAUUCCGAAAGCACCCUUGUACUCGUUCACCUCGUGCUUGUUCUGAACCUAGGCACAAAAACACCUUCAAUUUGAAGACGCAAGAGAAACCUUUUUGCCCGAAUGCAAGUAUUUAGCAAGGGUAUUCUGGUGACCAUGGGCAACGGUUUUUCUUUGUAAGCAAUCGCGCGGUAGCAUAACUGGAAAUGCGCCUGGUCGAGCCUGAAUGAACUGAGGAAGGUCAAGGUCUGCGUACGUAGCAUGGACUGAGACCUUCAGGUUCGCUCCAGUCGUCGGUCGACCGGGCGGCACCGCUGUCGUCCCGAAGCAGUGCAACGGACCGGCGGACGCGCCUGGUCUCGAUGAUAGGGGUUGCUCGCAUAGACGCUCGUCUCGGGGGCUACGUCAGGUGCGAGAACAGGUCAAAGACUGGACGGAGGCCAAGGGGAAUCGGCCGUGGCUUGGUCCAGUCCUGCCCGUCGACGGCAGACUAGGAGACCCGGGUUCGAAUCCCGGAACGCGCGCUUUUUCGGUUUUUUUUUUCUCCUCUCGCGUAGCCUGUCACCACUGCCGUUCGUCUGACCCAUUUAUUAGUUACCUGUGCGGCUAGCUUCGGGUUAUUUUGGUCCGCCUGCCGAAAAAAAUAUAAAAUUAAAAUGACACUAUCCGCACUGGGCAACGACGAGGAUAAAUUUUUUUUUCCCCGAGUCGUUGCAUUUAGCAGAGGUAUUCUGACGACCCAAGCAUUCUGCUGUUCCACUGGAAUAACUGCGCGGUAGCAUAACCGGCAAUGCGCCUGGUCGAGCCUGGCGUGCAGGUGCGUUUCCACUCACUGGAGACGGCGGCGGGCGUUCGGGUGACUCAGGAAGCCCGUGCGCACUCAACUGCCGCUCGUGGUUGAAAAACUCUCACCGCGUCGCCUGCCCGAAGUGCGAGUCGCGACUCACUUCGGUCUCUCGGGGAGGUCAUCCGCGAGGAUCCCCGAGGACAGGUUCCAGACUGGCGGCUGACCGGGCCAACAGUCCACUCGACUAGGAGACUCGGGUUCGAAUCCCGGAACGCGCAUUUUUGUGUUGCGCGGGAGGAUCGUUUGCGCAAAUGGUUUUUCGUGCUGGAUCACUACAACUCUUGAACCAUGACAAUCCUAGGUGUCGCCAUUUCUUGCGUCCUCGGGAAGCAUUAAUGAGGUAUGUAUGAGUCCCAAAAGCAAAUGCAAACCUUCAAAACAGCCCGCUCCCGGGAUGAAUUACAGAAGAACUUUUUCGUCCCAAGGAUCCAGCAGCUCAUCGAAGAGAUCUUCGGACUGUGCGUGACGCCAAUUCUCCUGCUCGUCUACCUCCCGGCCGCGAGCAUCGACAUCUGCAAUUUUGUCCGGAACACGGUGUAUCAGAGUGAAAAUCUCGGCGACUGGUGCAGCCUUGCGACCUUCGAGUUAGACCAAACCGACCCAAGAUUGUCCCGGUUUGGCAAAAUAGAAAAAUCGGCGCUGAGCUUCGCUCUCAUGUAAGUACAAGUUGUUGUCCCUAUGGCUAUGGCGGGUUGGAUCAUAGUGCGCAUUUGCGAUGAGACUGUGCUCCUUAGUAAAUGUUACGCACACAACGUCGCGUGAUUUUUCCGCAUGAUCCGCUGCGCAAUAUGUAAAAUGAAAUUAUCGAAAAACAGGUACCGCAACGCUCCUUCCGAUUCGCUUCAAGAGCAAACCAACGCUUUGGUCCAGCAGCGCAUCCCCUCUGGAGAGUUCAACCAAUCUUCCCAAACCGAAACGAGGCCGACAGAAUAUGGCGUUCUCAAACGCUACAUUCUCAACUGUUACAUGAAUUUGUGAUGCAAGAAUGGCAACAGGGAAAGGCCGGAUCUUGCAAGUCUUGCAUUACAAACUUGGCACAGAUUCCCAUGCUGUUUGGCCCUUCCAAAAUUUGUCAUGCGAGGCAGCUUCAUUGUGUGGACGUUGGUGCUCAUUUUGCAUGAGCAGUUGAGAGUGUAACAAAUCAUGUAGCAGCUGAGAAUGUAGUAACAUUUGAGAACGCCAUACAGAAGUGAUGGAGAUGAGUUUGAUGGUGAACGCAAACACGGACACGGAAGUGGAACUGACCGAAGCUGAUCCGAGCAAUCCGGACCGAAAAAUUCUGAACGCGACCAGUAGCAAACGGCCGAUAGUAGAUCAUGAUGCAGGGAAUAAUUUAUCAACCGCAAAUAUGUCUGGGUCUGGGAGACUGCGAUUUUUGUAUAUCCUAGUCUGGCAUAGGCAUGGCUCUGAGCUCUGAUGUAUUGCGAGGCCGCGAAGAGCUUCUCUUGCCUGCCAUGCAAAAACGCAGUUUCUCAUGCGGAGUACGAAACUCAGUCUCAGAACCACGGAAAAAUUUGUCAUGCUUAGCCGCGCAUUGCAGUGUGCUCACUAUUCCGUUCCGUGCAGAUCACAAGUUUAUUCCAGACCCAGACAUAUGUCCGAUGCAUACACUUUGGAUUCCGAAGUGGAGACCAACUACACUGCGAAAGCCGCGGACCCCGUCUGGGGCUACCCGAUGGCGGUUUUGCGGUUGUGCUACGAUAUCGAGCAGCUGGCGAAAGAGAGUUUUGAGGACUACAACUACCUCCCCACGAGCUUAACGGAGUUGAAGGACCAAUUCGUCGAGAAGCACGCCGAUGGGACCUUUUCCAUGCUGCCGGUCUCCCAGUUUUUGGAUUUCGAUAACCCGGUUUGGUUUGACACCACGCACUACUUCUGGUUGGAAGUUUUGCUGAAAAACCGGGAAAGUUCCAGAAGGAACCGGGUCCGGACGAUAAGUAGAGAGCCGUAUGGCAAUGGUGGACUAUCAAAUGCAAAAGUGUCUGGGACUGGAAGAUUCUGACACUUGUCAUGCACGUUUUGCAUGAGCCCUGAUGUCUGUGAUGCAUGCCCUAGCAUCACAGAUUUUUUGAGAGCUUCUUGAUGCCUCUUCCGCAUUACAAAUGCCCUCUCCGCGUAGCAAAAAUUACAUUCCCUUUGGUACUCAUGCAAUACAGAUUUUUCUGGAAUCCAAAUGCAGCAUCACAAGUUGCAUUCUUCCAGACCUAGACAUUUUUACAUUUGAUAUGGACCAAUGGGGAUGAACAAUAGUGGCGGUGACACGGCGGGUGACGGGGGGGAAGGCGAAAAUAUUGAUAACCAGGAACAACAUCAUGAUCAUCAAACCCAGUAUAAUAGAAAUCCGCAGUACAACGGCGCUUCUGAUGGUGAUGAUCUUCAGGAUCGCGAGAUGCGGGAGAUCUACUCGGCACGGGAACGAACCGUGUCCAAUCAAAACUACAACCCUGCAAAUUCCCGCAUGCAGAGUCGCGGAGGCGUCAGCAGCAAUAACGCGGAUAACUACGUGUACCGGUACACUUCGUCUGCGACCUACCACGCACCGUCUUUGGGGGAAACGACCAACGAGGUCGGGGAGACGGUGUUGCCGCGGUUCCGGGACACGUUGCGGGCGGCGUUUGGGAUUAGGGGAUAG